AUGACUGGAGAGAACAGGACAAUGGAAGUGCGCAAAAUUCCUGGGUUCUACUAUGACCCGGAUAAGAAAAGAUAUUUUAAGCUUCAGGAAAAUUACCAAGUUCCCCAAGGCUCCAGAUACUCGAGAGGGGAGGUUAGCAAGCGGGAAGAGUCUGUAGCGAAACGAAAGAAGGUUGAGUCGUUUGAAGAACGUCUGGCCUCGGAGAGGAUCACGCCCUCAAGGAUUCUCCAUCAUCCUCUUUUCGGGAACUUGGGGCUCCAACGAGAGAUCGGACAGCAUGGACCACGUGCAAAUGCUUCUAUCCGCGACCGUAGCAAGGCCUGCGUUGGUCUUCUUGGGCGUGACACCCUCGUCGACGUUCGCUCUUGGAAUGCCGGACUGACAGUGAAAAACGUGGAGAGAGACCCUCGUACAGCACGGCUUUUUACAAUGCUUUCCCUCCUCGAUCUCCAGAAUAUCCAUGGAGAUACGACCCUACAGACCACUGCCAUGAUUUUAUGGGGAGGCGUGAUGACUAUGGCACUAUCUCAUAACCUUAUGGGCUUAAGCGUCAAUCUGACUAUUGGAAAGCUGCUGACGACGAAUGAUCCUGACUUUCGCCGAGGGGAGACGUUCGACGGACCUUUGGUUUGUGUUAGCCGUCCCGGAUGGUCGAAUUGCAACAUUGCCCCUUCGCCGGAUACUGCUACUACUACGUUCACAGUGGGUUGUGGUAUGGACUUGAUUACUGUUUCCAACAACGAGAGUCAGUGGAUACUUGCCACAGCUAAGAAGUUCAAAUCGCCUAUUCGAUCUGUCGACUGGCUCAGUCGAAAUGUGAUCAUUGCGGGUGCGACUAGUUCAAAGGUGUGGCUUUACGAUGUUAGAAGUCAAGGCUCAGUCGCCAGGCUCCAGCAUGCACAUGGCGUACAGUCUCUUAGAAAGCUAGACGACUGGAGGAUUGUCGUUGCUGGGGCGAAUCUUACACUGAGCAUGUACGAUCUUCGAUUCGCGUCUCAUCGCACAGAUGACCGCCCUCGGCCUAAUAACCCGAGUCAUAAAGCGACUACACCCUAUCUGAACUUUUACGAUGUGCAGUGCAAUAUCUUUAAUAAUAUAGAUGUCUGUCCGGAACUGGGUCUUCUCGCUUGUUCAUCCGAACAACGAACUGUCCAGCUCUACUCGCUUGCCACGGGUAAGAGGCUCACAACUGACCGGGACUCGAAACCAACUAGAGCCAUCCGUCAUUCACUUUUAGGAUAUAACUUUCCGGAAAACCUUGCAUCAUAUCAAUAUCCAGGACCGAUCUCUCUCGUGAAAUUCGACAAUUUGCCGGACCGCCUCGAUUUACUUAAAGAUUACGAGGAUGAUGAACGGGACUUCAGCAAGGGAGGGCGCGCAGGAAUACCGAGCCUUUUGGUUGCUUCUGGGAGUGCCGUGGACGAGUGGCAUUUGGCUAAUGAACAAGGAUAA